GAGAUGGCUUCGAGUCGGAGGAGAAUAUUAGUAGGGUUUCAACGGAGGGACUCACUCACUAGUCGACGACUCUCCGAUCCUUUCUUCUCCCCCGCCAAAAUCCGUUGAAUCUUCUUCAUUUUUAGCUUUGAGCUCCCUCGCCUCAGCUCAAUUCUCUGCUUUUUGUCACGUCACGGCUUCGUUUAGGUGGGAGAGAUGAAUCACGGCCAACAAUCUGGAGAGGCAAAGCAUGAAGAUGAUGCUGCUCUUACAGAGUUCCUUGCUUCUCUGAUGGACUAUACUCCUACUAUUCCUGAUGAUUUAGUGGAGCACUACUUGGCUAAGAGUGGGUUUCAGUGCCCCGACGUACGAUUAAUAAGGCUAGUUGCUGUGGCUACACAAAAGUUUGUUGCAGAUGUUGCCAGCGACGCCCUUCAGCACUGCAAGGCUAGACCAGCACCAUUUGUGAAAGACAAAAAACAGCAAAAGGAUAAGCGUUUAAUAUUGACUAUGGAAGAUCUCUCAAAAGCUUUGCGUGAGUAUGGUGUGAAUGUGAAGCAUCCAGAAUAUUUUGCUGAUAGCCCUUCGACUGGAAUGGAUCCUGCGACAAGGGAGGAAUAGGAAACAGGAAGUCUUCAUCAUCUUUGCCUACUAAGGACGGCCAAUGCGUGUCAGAUCCCUGAUUAUCUGUUGUGUUUCAGUUAAAAUCAAAACUCAGUUGCCUUCCUAGUCAUCAAUUACAUUACAUGUAUAUUCCAUUGUUGUUUGUUUUCUUGACUUGUGUCUCUAGUGGUGUUUGGGUUUUCUACAUCACUUAUCCUCCAUUCUUGUAAGUCUCCAAGUCGUGAUAAUAAGGUAAGUAUUCAUCCUUAUGAGUUCUGAUUAACUUGGAUACUGUAAGAUUGAACAACCACAAUGAUCAAAGCAUGGUCGAAGUAUA